AUGUCGCCACAGACUUCUACCAUUGAACCCAUUGAUGAUGAUGUCGAACUUGGCCCCGGCCGCGAUAUCCCCACCGAUGGCACCCCGGUAAACUUCGUGCCAGCCAAAGCCGGCGACAUCAUCAAGCUGGGGCUCAUCACCUGCCGCGUGCUGGAAGAUGGGUCUCGCACAGACAACCGCAUCGGAGCGGCCGAGUUCACUCUCCCCCCCAGACUCAAGGGCCCACCGGCCCACUGGCACGAAAUGCACGACGAGACCUUUCUGACAACCAAGGGCACAAUUCGCUACCAUCUUCCCAAGGCGGACGGCACCGAGGACAUCAUAGACGCCCACGAGGGGGACUACGUGACUGUCCCAACCCGGGCUCCCCACACCUUCAGCAACCCAACGGACCAGGAGGUCAAGUUCUUCAACACGUACACGCCGGCGUACUACAUCAACUACUUCAAGCUUUUGGGCACGUAUGUGCAGGAGGGCAGGCCCAUUUCGGACAAGGAGCACUUGGAUGCCAUGUCGAACUAUGCCACGCUUCGAGUGCCGAAGAAGUAUCUCGAGAAGAAGGACAAGUAG